AUGGGCCAAUCUCUGACGGAGUCGACGACUUUGCUUAACGCCCAAAUCGGCUUCUUGAACACCCACCUUGCCUUGAUACACAUCCCGACAGAAGCAUUUCCCCUAUUCGUCCACCCGAUUCUGACAUUACUACUGCACAACAGCCAUCUGGACGAAGAUGGCAUUGCGAUCAAACCAAGAAAGUCAUGGAAUUUCUGGCAUCCCUUCGUCAACGUCUCGAUAACACCGAACGAAUGCUCAAUCGUCUGCCCUCGAAAAGAAGCUGAAGCUCUAUUCGCUCCCUUGAUCAGCGGACUGAGCGACACUCUGCAGAAUACUGUGUCCAUCAGCGACGAGGACUACUCGGUCAUCACCAUCGGUGGUGAAGGACUGGAAGCCGGACAACGAGUGCUGGACUUGACCAACCCCCUUGCCCUGGCUGGAAUCCCGAUCUUCUUCAUCACCAGCUAUUACUCCGACUUCAUCUUAGUGCCCUUCAGCGCACGACCAAAAGUUAUACAUGCCCUCGAAGAACGAGGAUUCGUCUUCGAAGCGACAGACGAAAACGGCGAAGCAGGUCAGAUGUGGAAUCCUGCCAGUCCGCUCACCAGCUCCCACCACAAACGACCUGGAUCAGCAUCGUCCUUUGACUUCACGAAUAUAGUCAGCACACCACCGCCGACGAGCAUAUCCGAGCUGCAGUCAAAGACCUUUCAACUCCUCGCACGGCAUAAGAUCACUCCAAGCGUCGACCCGUCGAUCGAGCUGGUGACCUGCGCCGGUAUCAAGGACAGCACUCCAUGCGCAUCCGAAACGCACUUCACAGAAGGAAAACUUCAGUUGGGCCUGACAAAGGUCCUCACCAGUUUCCCACCACCGAAGUUCUUCUCCGCAACUUUCACAGAUGCCGAGUCAACUUCUCUGACCAUGGACAAACGUCUCCUCGAGCACUUCCCGGACGGCGGCGAAGAUCUUCUGCUGGGAACACAAGGUCCGGAACAAAUGGCCAUUACAUUGGACUUGAAGGACCUUCCAUUGGAAAGUACAGGCAUUGUGUGCGGAGUUUCGAGUCGACUGACGGAUGGCAUGAGAGGACGCAUUGGGCGGGAAAUGUUUAAUAUGAGUUAUUUGAGCACUUCGAGAGCGGGUCAUGUUAUUGUGUAUGAGGAUGAGCUGGAGGAGGUAAUGGAUGCGUUGAGAGGGGCGCAGAUGAAUGGAGUCGAGCAUUGA